AUGGUAUUCUCUCAGGCUUUUGUGUUGAGGACAAUGCAUCACACCACGUGCGUGCUGCUUUUAUGUGGGGCGUGCACGUACUGGGUGAUGGCUUUAUUGGUUCUUCUUUUGCGUGUUUUGGUGCCCCAUCUGCGCAAAAUGGCGCGCUACGGUGGCCGCCAUGCGGUAGCAGCAGCAACUGUAGAUGGUAAUGAGAAUAACGUUGGUGAUGGGGUGCAAAAAUGUGUGUCUGCUGGUCACAAGGCGAUGGGAGAUUCCACAACACACGGAAGUUGGUUUUGGAAGGCUAUCAAAGUUGCUGUCGGCGCGCUUGAAAGUUCCAUUUUGUGUCGCGUGCGAUUAAGUCGGAAGCGUAGUUUUUGUGCCUUUUAUGUGACGGGUAUUGUCUCUUCUUUCCUGAUAUGGCAGCUGCAUUCAAGGCCGUUACCCGUGAUCACAAUGAGGGUCUUGUCAAGUGAUGCAUUAAACUAUUAUGAAGCGCUGCCAUUGGUGGCAUUCUUUAUCCAUUGUGCCGUGCGCCUGUGGGAGUGUCAGUGCGUUCAUUGCUUUCGAGGUGGGCCGAGUGAUACUGUGACUUUGUUUGCUGCACUUGCAGGAUGCUCCUUUUACGUGAUUGCUGCCAUUUCCAGUAGUCCCAUUGUUUCUUGUGUCACUCAAACGCUGCUUUUUGUUGGUGAUGUGCCCCACUUCCCGAGAAGUGUUGAGGCGAGCCGUUCAUUUAUUUUUUUUCUGACGGCUGCCGUUGUAUCUUUUUUUUUUCAUUUGUUCCUGCAGAGUCUGCAGAUGUUCCAUCAUUGGAUUUUGGCACGGAUGCGGGAUAAAUCAACUCCUACGUCCAAUUCAUUUGACGCAGCAGCGUCGGGUAGUAAAAAACACUCCCAUGAUGCGCAUUACGGUGUUGAGGCAUGCGUUGAGAAAUCAGGCUUCUUUUAUCGUUUCCCCAACGCGUAUCUGUUUAAAUACGUGAUGGAACCGCACUAUACAUGUGAGAUUCUGAUGUAUGUCUUGAACGCUGUUAGCAUGUGGGCAUGCAUCAGCCGUGGCGCACCAUCGAUAAUGGCAGUGCGGCAGUCAAAAGGAGUUCAAAGUACGCUGUUGUUGGCAAUGAUCUAUGCGACGCCAUUGGGUGUUUUGUUGUUUUCACUGUUUAACCUUGCCAUUACGGCCUCCGAGCACCGUCUCUUUUGGAACCAGUUGAAUGAGAAGCGAGAACGCAAGGAACAAAUUCCUCCUUGGAACUUAUUUUACCGCGUAUGGUAG